CAAGACGCCUCAUGGGUCUCAAAGAAAAGCUGGAUCAGUGACUGUGGUGUUGUGGUCAUCAAUGCAUACCCUGAUGAUGUGGACGGCUCUUGUCUUUCUAAUUCUUACAUUCUCAUCAGGAGCGCUUUCCCAAUCCAGAACACGCUUUGCACAUUAUCGUUCAUGGAACUCAAAGAUGUAUCCAGUUUGGAGGGAUGGAGAUCCUAGAUACAGAGACUGUUGGAAAGGUGGAGAGGUAACAUUUGAAGUCAGAAGUGAUUCUCCUACACUGACAGGAGCCAAAGCCACUUUCAACAUUGAUGUUCGCUUCCCUCAGAACCAGACAGCCCUUUCUGAUGGACAGGUGGUGUGGGCAAGAAACUGUACAAUUAAUGGAACAUCAUAUACUAUGGGCCAGACUGUAUACCCUGAGUCCAAUAUCCCUCAAGAAUGGACAGGUGUCUUUCCUGACAGGACACCCUUCACUAAGGUCUCCAACAAAAAGCCACAGUUUGUCUAUGUAUGGAAAACAUGGGGAAAAUAUUGGCAGGUGGCCGAUGGUCCCUCCUCUCUACUGACAAUUGAAACAGACAAUAUGCCACUUGGUUCUUACACCAUGGACUUGGUGAUUUAUCACUGCCGUGGCAAAGACAGGUUUAUUCCCCUUGGUUAUGCAUCUACCCAGUUCUCCGUCACUGACCAGAUUCCUUUUACAGUGAUAUUAUCUCAGGUUGGUGACAUCAAUCAGGGUGACCAAAGCUUUAUCCAGAACAGAGCUGUGUCCUUCAGCAUUAAUUUGCAUGAUCCUAGUCAAUAUCUCAAUGGGUCAGACAUCACCUUCAACUGGGAUUUUGGUGACAAUAGUGGAACUCUCAUUUCUCGGGAAACCACCGUUACCCACACAUACCUUACAACUGGUUCCUUCAGGCCACAAGUGGUUUUGAUGGCAGCUAUCUCACCUGGUUGUCAGCUCAGUCCAACUCCAGCAGCCACUGGUGUACCCCCGGUCCCCUUAACAGAUGAAGCAACAGCAGUGGGAAACAUUGUGCUGACUGUUUCUCCUCAAUCGGUUGAUGUUGUUCCCAUGGCAGAGGAAGGAAUUGCACCUGAUGUCACUGUAGUUGCCAAUGACUUGGCAGUGCCAGCAACUGACACAGAGGCAGAAUUAGAUAAUACUGCUCAGGAGGUGCCCACUGCUGCUGGAGACACUGCUGUGGCAGAAGCUGACAAUACUGCUGCAGUUAUGUUAGCCACACCUACAGCUGUUGAGGCUGAACCUGCGACAGAAGUUCCUGCAGCUGACACGGCCCCAGAAGGAGGCGAGAUUAUAAUCAAUCUGGCGGCCACAGUUCUCCCAGAACCCCCUGCUGCUGUAGUUGAAACAACCUCUUUUCAGACACUUAUAGAAACAGUGGCACCGACUGGUGAUGCAAUAAUCAUUAACACCUCUGUCGUCACAGAUGUCAUUGCAUCUGUUAUACCUGUAGCAGAAGACAUAGAAGCAGUUAAUGAAGCUGCUGCUGGAGUCAACGAGGCAACCGAAGCCAUCAGUGGCAUAACUAGCAUACCUGAGGCAACAGUGAGUGAAUUAGAAGCUGAACUGAUGGCAGGAACUGAAGCAACCCAGGCUGCUCUAGUCAUUGCAAAGCGGCAAGCACCAGAAAUGCCAGCAGAAAAAAACUGUAUGAUUUAUCGUUAUGGCUCCUUCUCCACAACUCUUACAGUAGUCCAGGGAAUAGAGAGUGUUGAGAUUGUGGAGAUGAAUAAUGUGGUGAUUCUAGCCACAGAGCUGGAGCAGAAUGCUGUAGAUCUUACAGUCACAUGUCAGGGAAGCCUGCCCAAUCAAGUGUGCAUUCUGGUAUCCGAUGCAGACUGCACAAGCCCUGUUCAGGACCUACAGUGUAAUGCUGUGACUCCAACCUCUGAGUGUCAGAUGGUGCUGCGACAAUUUUUCAACAACUCUGGCAUCUUCUGUAUCAACGUGUCUCUGACCAAUGAUGUCAGCUUGGCUGUAACCAGUGCAAAGCUCAGUGUGGCUAUAGACCCAAAUUCAGCAAGGAACACAGCUGGAGCAACACUGGGAGUCCUUGUUUUUAUUUGUGCAUUGGGGGCCAUUGCUUUUUCAUACAAGCGGUUUAAGGAGUACCAUCCACUGAGAGAAGAUAAUACAAGCAACAGUUUCAGCUCUGGAAGAAGCUCAGUGCCUUUAAUGCUGUGGAACCUUCUGGGCCGGAGAUCCACUGCAGAGAGCCGCCCGCUCCUACUUGGGCGAGUGGUGUGAAAAGCUUUCCACUUCUGCUUUAAAGGCAUAUUGCAAAGUCGUUACAAUCUCUCAAUAAGAGAAUUAAAUAUGAAGAAUGAGGGCCUCAUUGUACUGUAACAACAAAAAUGUUAUAUGUAAUAUGCCUCACGUUAUCUAAAUAAUGUUUUAUUGUAUGUGGCAGUUGCUGAAUAAUCGCAGUGUAUAGUGUGUGUCGUCAUAAACAAUUGCACAUACUUCCUUUUAAUGGUUAGCUUUUCUUGGGUUGAAAUAAUCUGACUUAUUCCCCUUCAGUAUUUGUUACAUCCCUAAGUGUCAGUCAAGAGAUACAGGGUUGUAAUUUUAUCUAUUAAAAAUAUAGCGCAGUGCAAGGGCAAUGCAAAAUGGUGAAAAACCAAGUAGUUUACUUACAUUAUUUACAGCACUCACCCCUUAACUUAUAUGGAUCAGUUAAAUGGAUAAUAGGGAUUAGUUAUUAAAAUGUAAAUGUAAUCUUUCUAAAAGCAACCCAAGUAAACUGCUUUACAGGAAUAUUGUCUUAUUUAAAAUCAUCUGAUAAUAUUCAGAUUAUUACAGACCACAAAGAGAUUGUCAGCUGUUCUUCAAAUAAUCUGUUCACCUAAAAGCAAAAGUUUAAAGAAAAGCCUUACCCCGUGUUCAAAAUGUAUACAACAUUUAGAGGCUUUAUGAAGUAAAUUAUAUAAACAUUUAACUAUGUAAAUUUAUAUUAACAAUUAACCAUUAAUAAUUAACAAAUAUUAUGUAUUUUCCCCAUUUCCUUUGUAGAACUACCUUUCCAUUACUAUAAUAAUACUUUUUAUUCAACUAUAGGCUAUAUUAUUUAGAGCAGUGCACAUUUUGGAUGUCUUCCUCAUCUAACACACCUCAUUGAACUCAUCUCAUUAGUAGAAACUGAAAACUCCCAAAUGGGUUUGUCUGAUUUGAAAAACAUCUUCAGGACAGGUUUGAGAAGAACUAAUUUAGAGCCUAAACAUCAUUUGCAUUUUCAAUAAACCCUGUGUUAGUUUGAUAUCAACCCAAAAGGUCUGAUGUUUUAUUUAUAAAUAAUAAUAGUGACUACUUAUUACCCCUAAAUAAAAAUAUGUCCUGACUCUU